AUGGUGGCACAAUUUUUGGAUCAUGUUGCAGUCGAGUAUUAUGUCAUCCGUGAUAGUGAAGAUCUCAAUACUUCACAACAGCAGAUUUUCGCGGUCACUCUAUGGAGCAUAUGGAAACAUAGAAAUAACAAGGUAUGGAACAACGUUGUGGAAACUUCUCAACAAAUUAGUGAGAGGGCUGAAGCGUUUUUGAACAGUUGGAAGAGUGCACAAAAAAUACAGCCACGUAUCCAAGUUCCUAGCGUGCAACAUGAAUCCCCCUGUUGGACAAAACCGGUGCUAGGGAGAUUUAAAUGUAAUGUGGAUGCAGCUUUCUCAAAUUCACUUAACCGGAUGGGUUUUGCAGCUUGUAUCAGAGAUGCGGAAGGUAAUUUUGUCGCAGGUCGAACAACCUUUUUAUCCCCUUUACUUGAUGUAGAGAUGGGUGAAGCGAUAGGACUGCUACAAGCAAUGCAGUGGGCGAAAGAGCUUAACAUGGUGAGCAUGGAUUUUGAAACAGACUCAAAGAUUGUGGCAGAUAGUGUUUAUAAAGGAAAUGGUGUCUCUGAUUUUAUGGCAAUAAUUCAAGAUUGUAGACACUUGUUGAUGACCGAUUUAGUAAACUCUGAUGUGAGUUUCAUUAGGAGACAAGCCAAUGGUGUUGCCCAUAGUUUAGCUAGGGAAGCGCUAUCACAUGCUAGUUUCCAUUUGCAUCUUAACAUUCCUCAUUGUAUAACUACUUUGAUUAAUAAUGAAAGGCUAUAA